UUUCUGUCGCGUGUAUAGUGGAGACGUAAACCAUGUAAUGCCAUCCGGUAAUAGUAUCACAUCACCACAUCUGUUGGUACAGCAUCACAAACACCAACAUCAUCCCUACACUUCCGCAUCUACUGUCAGAUGUUGUGAAUCGGUCUGUUUCUCUGCAUGCAACGGAACAAUAAGACACAUUUUCGGCCUGCGUGAACUGCGGACACCUGAGACGCGAACGCCAAAGAAGAGGAAGAUGAAGUUGAUGGUGUGGUUAAUUUCCAGUGUUAUAGAAAUUUUGGAGUGAGAUUGGACUGCAGAAGUGUGGAUUUGACUGGGAAAUUAUGGCUGCAACCACACCCACAGCAGCCCCACCUCCCAAAAAGAGCAGAGGGAAACAGGAGAUAGAGACAGCCAACGAAGAGCUGAAGAGCCGCCUGAGCGAUGUUCAGAAUGAACUGCAACAGGAAAGAGGAAAGGUGGGCAAAUUACGAGAGCGACUUCAAGAACUACGGGGGCAGCGUGAGACAGAGCAGCACAAGCACUCAGUGGCUCUCACUGAACUUCGCGUCAAACUCCACGAGGAGAAGCAGCGGGAGGUGGCGUCCGCACGAGAGACCCUAUCCCGGCAACAUGAUGCAGAGAUGGCGCGGGCGGCCCGCCUUCGAGAGACCGAGCUGUCCCGUUUGCAAGCGCUGGUGUGUGUUUUACGGGAUGGAGCCAGCAGCGAACUACGGAACGCCCUCAAGGAGGAGGCCAGAGAGGAGGCCCGCAAGAGCUACGAGGCGGAGAAACUACGGCUUACGCAGGAGCUGCAGGAGGCAAAGACGUCACGGCGACAGGCGGAGGAGGCCCUGGCCAAUGCCGUGCAGGCAGACAGGGCCAAAGCAGCGGAUCUCAGAGUGGCCCAUCAGGCUCAUCAGGAGGAGAUACAGAGAAUCAAACGAGAAAGCGAAAGGGAAAUCCGGAGACUGAUGGAGGAGUUGAGGAGCAGAGAUCGUGUGGUGCAGUCACUGGAGAGAGAGCUUGGUGUGCAGGCGGGUCAGACUAAGCGUCUCCUGCUACAGAGAGAGGAAUCAGAACGGCAUCAUGGGAGUCCAAAGAGAGAGAUGGCACCUGCCCUUGGGGAGAACACAGACUCCCCUGUUAACCAGGAAGUGGAUGAGAGGGACGUUCGUAGGUUUCAGCUGAAGAUCGCAGAGCUGCAGGCUGUUAUCAGGAAACUAGAGGACAGAAACACAUUGCUAUCAGAUGAAAGGAAUGAAUUGCUGAAACGGGUGCGCGAGACGGAUGGAGAAAUAAAGCCGCUCAUGGAAAAAUAUAAACGGUUGCAUAAAAAGAAUGAAGAGCUCCAGCAGACACUACAACGCAUGGAGGACAAGCUAAAGACGCUCAGCAGGGAGAACGCAGAACUGAAGGAGAAUUCACAGCAGAACUCACAGAAGAGCCCCCAGCCAGGCUUGUUGAAGAGACACACCUCUCUGACAGACCUCAGUCAUGCUCAUGAACAACAGGAAGUUGAGUAUCUCCACAUGCAAAUCAACGAGCAGCGUGGUGUUAUUGAGGAGCUAACGCAGGAGCGAGACAGACUGGUGAUUAGCAAAAAGAACAGAAGAAGAAACAUGAAAUUGCCCAAGAGGCAUGUUGUGGAGACAUAUUUUGGAUUUGAUGAGGAAUCGGUCGAUUCUGAAACAUCGUCUCUGACAUCAUAUAACACUGACCGCACAGAUCACACCCCCGUCACCCCAGAAGAGGAACUUGAGGAUGGCUUUUCCCGGGAGGAGGCCGAGAUGCGUUUUCGUCAGCUCACACGAGAGUACCAGGCACUGCAGCGAGCAUAUGCCCUUCUGCAGGAAACCACGGGGCCCCUGGACCCCGAGAGACACUCCAGGACGCGGGAGCAGCUGCAGACGGAGCUGAUUGGGUGCCAGGCACGGAUUGCUGACCUGGAACGGAGCUUGGCAGAGAAGGGGCAGGACUCCAAAUGGGUGGAGGAAAAACAAAAUCUCAUCAGGGUUAACCAGGAGCUCAGAGAAAAGAUAGCGUCGCUGGAGCAGUGUGAAAUGAGAUUACGCUCGGAGGUUCGAGAUUCCCUGGAUCAAAAUGAACUACUUGAAUUCCGCAUUCUUGAACUGGAAGAGAGAGAACGUCGAUCUCCUGCCUUUAACCUGCAAAUCUCUGCCUCUGAAAACAACAGUAGCCUACAGCUUCACUGCCAACAGGAGGGUGUCAAGGACGUCAUCAUUCCUGACCUUAUGAAAAAGCUUGACAUUCUUGGUGAUAAUGGGAACUUGCGUAAUGAGGAACAGGUCACAGUAAUUCAAGCAGGCACUGUGCUGUCUUUAUGUGAAAAGUGGUUGAAGCAAAUUGACAACACUGAAGCUGCUCUAACACAGAAAAUGAUUGACCUGGAAAAUGAGAAGGAGCUGUUCAGUAAACAGAAGGGUUUUUUGGAGGAGGAACUCGACUAUAGGAAACAAGCUCUCGAUCAUGCCCAACUGAGGGUGCAGGAGUUAGAGGCUACAUUAUAUGUUGCUCUACAGCAGGAACCAGACAGUUGUCUGGGAGAGAGUUUGAGUGACAGACAGCGAGAAAAGCUUGCGGAGUCAAUGGAAGCUGUGCGGAGACAGAUCCUAAGACAGAGUCGCCAUGCUGACACUCUUGUCUUACAACAGCGGAUGGAGCUUCUUCAAUCUGCAAAACAGAGAAUCAGAGAGCUUGAGGACAAGAUUGACAUGCAAAGACAACAUAUCAAAGAGAUUGAAGAAAAGGUGUGUAUGUAUGUUUAUGAAAGCAGUAGAUUGUAUUCUGGAAAAAAAUGGCCAUUAAAUGUUCUGAGUUGUGGAAUACAGUUGGGUUCGUGUUUAUGAAUUCUGAAUGUGUACUUGUAAAUUGGUCUCUGAGACUGACUCUUCCUCUCCUUUCCUCUCUCUUGUUUGACAUUUGUUUUUAUUAUAAUUUAUAGUUUUUGUUCCUUUUUUUGUUUUUCUCCUUAGCUUUUAUUCUCUGGCCUUAACCCCCCCCCAAACAUUCACACCAAACACACACUACACUUGUCUCUCUGUUUCUGUCUGUCUCACUCUCUCACACAAACGCGUACACACACACACACACACACAGGUGCAGUAUCGAACGAAUGAUACACACUCAACUUCUCAAUAGAAUCUUUGGUCAGGCAAACAUUCCUCAGUUUGUUAUAUAUAUAAUGUUUUUUCAGAUUUUAUGAUGCGUUUCCAAAGAGAAACAUUUGUAUCCCAAGAGGCCCAGUUGAAGCUGCUUAAUUUUAUGUUGUCCAACUGAAAAUUGUGUGAUCUAAUACAAAAUAUGUAUAAUGUACCCUAAAUAUUUGUUACAAUGAGUAUUUAAGAACACCUCAACACUUGUCAAACUGCUUUUAGUUUCAAUAAAUAAAGUUGUAUUUUUUUCA